UUUUCCACGUUUGGCUCGUGCCCGGCGUGCCUUCAUUGCGGCAGGCACGCGCCGUGAGCGAGGCGGCACGUGACGAGUCUACUCCGCCACGGCGGGAACCUCCAUCGCAGAUUCCCUCGCCAUUACUCCUCGGCUCAGUUUAUAUAUACACGCCAUCCAGUUCCCUAGCAACGGUUUUCAUGUUCGUAAUCAUCGGAUUCGGAAUUUCAUCCGCCUCUCCUCCCCAGUUUUCUCUCCGAAUCCUCCCUCCGAUUCGCCGCCGUGGAAUCACAAGCUAGCUCCCUACAAUUUUUCCGAUUGCUUGCCGUCGCGAUGGCGGCGUCGAUCGGGAUUCAUACCGGCGCGAGAUUAUCGAUUCCCUCAGGUUACGUCUCCGGCGAUUCGACAUUCUCCGCGAAGUCUAAUUUGUCGAUCUGCAGUAGAAUCAAGCCGCCGCAGGGUUUAUCCGCGUCGGCAGCAUCCGCCGCCGUGUCUCCGCCGAUCGAAAAAGGCGAUUCUCGCGGCGGAGCGUCUCCGGAGAAGAUCGAUGCGUGGAUGAGGGAGUCGGUGGCGGAUAUUGUGAAGAAUCUGAAGCAGGCGCCAUUGCUGGUGCAGAUCUAUGCAAUGAAGGAUGGGGAAGUAAGGAUCCAAACGGAGAAGGCGAAUGUGGAGAGAUGGCCUGAGGUGAAGAUCCAGUGGGAGACAGGGGAAUCAAAGCCAGAUGGAUUAAUACUUGUGGAUGAACUGGAGGAAGAAGAGAAUGGUGAUGGUAAUGGCGAUGGUGAAGGCGUGACAAGGGCGUGGGGGGUGGUUGUACAGGGGAAGGGGGUAGGGUUGGGUGGUGAGUAUGGACCAGCCUGCUACUUGCUGAAGACGAACAGGGUGUUGGGUGGGAUGGGGUUGGGGUUCUGCACUCAUUUCUGCUUGAUGAAGGUCAACAAUUUCAGGGAUACUGCUCUCCAGCAGUUGAGGGAUUCUUGGCUGCUUGCUACAGACCACUGAUUUGAUUUCAUUUGAUUUUGAAUUGCCCAACCCAUUGAUUCUUUGUUGUUAAGAAUGAACUUUGUUGCAUUGCUGCAGGAUAUGGGUUGGGAUUAGACUUGGAAUUGGAUAUACAUACACAAAUAAUAAUCAAAGAUUGAUUGAAAUAUGCACAACUUACUGUUCUAUGAUUGAUUUCUUGUUUUUGAUUGA